AUGCUGAACCAUACUUUUACCUUAGCAGAAGGCCAACCAGUUGCAGACCCAUCCGUCAGCACCACGUUGCCUACCUUUGGCGGCGGCGGCCACACGACACUGGGCGACACGCUUCUCAUUGAGACACUUUCGCACUUUAAUCGCGAACGUAUCCCUGAAAGAGUCGUCCAUGCUAAAGCUGCGGGUGCAUGGGGAGAAUUUGAGGUCACAAAUGACAUUUCUUCCCUCACAUCGGCCAAGUUCCUCAAUGGUGUUGGGAAGAAAACACCCGUUCUCUUCCGUCUAAGCACCACUGGCGGUGAAAAGGGCAGUGCAGACACUGUCCGCGAUGUGCGAGGCUUUUCUGUCAAGUUCUUCACAGAGGAAGGCAAUCAUGAUAUUGUAGGGAACCACAUUCCGGUGUUCUUUGUUCGCGACCCUAUAAGGUUUCCUUCUCUCAACCGAAGCCACAAGAGGCAUCCUGCCACCAACCGGCCGGAUUGGACCAUGUUCUGGGAUUUCCACGCGAACCAACAGGAAAGUGUUCAUGCGUUGAUGCACCUUUUUGGUACUCGGGGUAUUCCUGAUUCCAUCCGUCGAGUGACAGGAUUCGGUGUACACACCUUCAAGAUGGUGACAGCCGAUGGUGGCUUCCGCUACUGCAAGUUCCACUUCCGACCGACCCAAAAUAUCACACACUUCUCUGGCCAGGAAGCUACUCGCAUGGCUGGCGCAAACGCCGACUUCCACAAUCAGGAUUUGUGGGAUGCUAUCGCUCGGGGAGACUUGCCGGCCUGGAAGCUUUACGUGCAGGUCAUGGAGCCCGAGCAGGCUGAAACCUACGGCCGUGCUCUGUUUGAUAUCACCAAAGUUUGGCCGCACAAGGACUUCCCCUUGAUCGAAGUUGGUCAAAUGACCCUCAACAAGAAUCCUGAGAACUAUUUUGCCGAGAUCGAGCAAGCGGCAUUUUCGCCUUCUAACAUGGUGCCUGGCAUUGCAAUGACACCUGAUCCUAUGUUGCAGGCACGCAUGUUCGCUUACCCGGACGCUCAACGAUACCGUCUGGGAGUGAACUACACACAGCUUCCUUCAAACCGUGCAAUCUGCCCCGUAUACGCGCCAUUCGAGCGCGACGGCAUGGGAACUGUGACGCGAAACUAUGGCGGUGACCCGAACUAUGUACGGAGCUCACUAGGGAGUGGCAUCCCGAGCCAGAUUGUUUCCAACGUACGACACACCGAGCGCAUCGCCCAUAAUGCUAUUCUUGGCCAGAAUGAGAUUCUAGUUGAUGAUGAAGAUUUCCUUCAGCCACGAGAACUGUGGAACAAGGUCUUUGAUGAGCCUGAGAGAAGGCAGUGGGUGUCAAAUGUGUCGGAGACUUUGGAAGACGUGCCUGAUCAGCUCAAGGAGGCUGUCACUGCCAUGUUCAGCAAGGUCGAUCCCCGUAUUGGCCAAUUGUUAGACGCUAAGGCCAAGAACAGUUCGCGUCUUUAG